UUUCAAUGGAAAAGCAUAGUUAAUUAAAAUUAAUGAUCAUAAAAACAUCAUUUGCUUUAGUUAAAUUGAUAUUAUUUUUCCCUCGAGUGAGUCAGGUUGACUGACCCACUUGCCCAGCCAAAGGUCAUUGACCACUGGACUCAACUGUUUUGGUGUUUUUUUCACUCAUUUUUCUACCAAAUGUAGCCAUUUCAUUUCUAGAGCCCAUCCGAAUGUGUGUCCGUCAAAACUUGUUUGCAACUACUAUUUUCAAAUUUUUCGAAUUUCUGAAGAAAAAUAAGCGGUUUGAUUCAGGGAUCAAGUGCGUUGUUGGGGUAGUAAUUUUUCAUCCAAGUGAAAAUAUAUGAUGCAAUCAAUUGAAGUUGAGAAUCUACAGAAAUUGGAGCAGUUGCAAGCGAAAUUACGGAUGGAGCAGUAUAAAAAGUAUGAGAAUGCAUUGGAAAAUUUUGAAAAGCAGUUGGAAGGCUUGGAAUCUCGCACAGAGAAAAGUAUGACAUUCUUCACGAAAAUGUUUGAAAGUUUCAUCAAAAAGACGAAAACGACGACGGAAGAAAUUAAUAACAUUAAGACAAGUGUCGAGUCAGCAACGAGCGAUAUGGUUCAGGCUUUAACAUUGUUGGAGAAUGGACUUGAAGACUGCAACAAAAAACUUGCAAAACAGUUGAAAGGAGUUUUGCAUGAUUUGGAGAGAAAAUGUCAAAAGAAUGAAGAUAUGGACAAUGUGGAGUUGGUAGACGCGAUUGGUAACAUCGUCAAGAUGAUUCACACGUAUGCGACUUAAUAGGUUUAAAAUUUAAAUGGUAACAAAAUUCGUUUUGUUAUGAGUUAUGCAUAGUUCAAUUUUACAGAUAUCUAAUUUUAUAAAACCGUUGAUUUUUAAAUGUGUUAAUAAACUUGUCGUACCUGGAA